GGACUCACUGCCUGAUGCCGCUGCACAAGUACCCGCUGCGGCUCUGGGACACUUUGAAACUGAGGGAGGGGAUCUAUGCCCGUCUGCCUGCUCAUUAUCUCAAGUCACUACAAGACAAAACACCGCCCACCCCAGUUCAUUGGAAACCCCAUGGGGUGAAAUAUAAAUUAAAUGAAAUAACCGGUCAACGAGAGCGAGUGCAAGAUGUUCCUAUUAAAAUCUACUACCCCCCAGAAUCUCAGAAAGGGCUCUGGGGAGGGGAAGGCUGGAUUUGUGGCUUUCGGUAUGCUGGGAAUGACAAACUCUCAAACAGACUGAAGAAGACUUGGAAGCCGCAGCUGUUUGAGCGGGAGCUGUAUAGUGAGAUCCUGGACAAGAAAUUGACCAUUACAGUCACCAUGAGAACCCUGGACCUGAUCGACGCAGCCUAUGGAUUUGAUUUCUACAUCCUCAAGACUCCAAAGGCUGAUCUGUGUUCCAAGCUAGGGAUGGAUUUGAAACGAACGUUGCUACUUCGGCUUGCUCGGAGGGACCCUAGCCUGCAUCCAAAUGAUCCAGAAAAGAGAGAGGCGAUCUAUAACAAGUACCGGUUCCUCUUGUCACAGGAAUUUGUGAUCCCGGAAGAAGAGGCUGAGUGGGUUGGGUUGACUUUGGAAGAAGCGGUGGAAAAGCAGAGACUCCUGGAGAAGAAGGACCCUACACCUCUUUUUAAAGUGUACGUGGAAGAGCUGGUCCAGCAGCUCACAGCAGAUGUGAAGAAAUCCUAGCUCAGAAUAGCUUGCUGCCACAGCCUGGAGUGUACGAUCUUCCAGGACUCUCCAUGCCAACAGGCCUCCCUCUGCCCCGAGUCUCUCGUGGGACAGAACCAUGUGCUAACGCGUUGGAUCCAGAGAGCACAUGGCUGUUGUUACUGUCUAGCAGUCGUGGAACAAUGUGAAGCAUGAAUUCAGAAAGAAAAUGGCCCUUUUGAUCAGGGGAAGGAGUUACCCCCUAGGGUCCGAUCGUGCACCUGUUACACUGGCCGAAGCGAUGCCAUCUGCCUCUGCAAAUAAUUCCCUUUGAAGUCU